UGCCUCAGUUGCAUGGGGUCCUCAGCUCCUGCUUCUAGGACUGGGGUGUAUGCUGGGUGCAUGCUGCUGUCUGGGGGGGCUGCAGAGACACGUGGGGAUCAGCCUCCCUUUCCACCCCCCUCCAGGUGCGGCACCGCCAGUCGGGGCAGAUCAUGGUGCUGAAGAUGAACAAGCUGACCAGCAACCGGGGCAACAUGCUGCGGGAGGUGCAGCUGAUGAACCGCCUCUCGCAUCCCAACAUCCUCAGGUUCAUGGGGGUGUGUGUGCACCAGGGACAGCUUCAUGCACUGACAGAGUACAUGAACGGUGGGAACCUGGAGCAGCUGCUGGACAGCCCUGUGCCCCUCUCCUGGUCUACACGUGUCAAGCUGGCCCUCGACAUUGCCCGUGGCCUGCGCUACCUGCACUCCAAGGGCAUCUUCCAUCGUGACCUCACCUCCAAGAACUGCCUGCUGCGUUGCGAGGCCAACAGCUACACAGCUGUAGUGGGUGACUUCGGCUUGGCAGAGAAGAUCCCCACCUACAGUGAGGGCAGUGAGAAGGAGCCACUGGCUGUGGUGGGCUCCCCGUACUGGAUGGCGCCCGAGGUUCUGCGAGGGGAGAUCUACAAUGAGAAGGCCGAUGUGUUUGCGUACGGCAUCAUCCUGUGUGAGACCAUCGCUCGUGUCCCUGCUGACCCCGACUACCUGCCCCGCACUGAGGAUUUUGGUCUGGAUGUCACCACUUUCCGCACCAUGGUGGGAAUUGACUGCCCAUCAGCCUUCCUCCAGCUCGCUUUCCACUGCUGCAGUAUGGAGCCCACCUCCCGCCCCUCGUUUCUGGAAAUCACGCAGUGCCUGGAGGACAUCUUGCAGCACCAGCUGGACGUGGAGGGCACCGGGGCCACCCUCUUCAGCAUCGGGGAGAGCCUGCCCACACCUGGGAUGGCAGCCACGUUCAGUGGGGUGUCCGGGAGGGCAGCUGACUCUGCCAAACAGUCGCCCCUGCGUGAACUGGGAACACAGCACCUGCAGCCGGACCAGCAUCUGUCCCGCAGCCAGUCUGACAUGUUCUCCGUGAAACUGCCUGCCCUGCCGCAUUCACUGGAGCCUUACGGCGGGGCCAGGACCAAGGAGACAUCCCCACGCGUCAACCCCUUCUCCCAGCGUGAGGACCUAAAGGGGGGGAAGAUCAAGCUCUUCGACACGCCGAGCAAGUCAGUCAUCUCGCUCACCUUCAACCUUCCGCCCCCCACCCUGGUCCAGCUCGACACGCCCAUAACGCCCGAGCCUGCCAUGGAGGUGCAGUGUGACUUCUCGGCCCCUGCCACCAGCCCCCGCAAGUGCCACUCGCUGCCCGCCUCCCCUGAGCUGCCCCACCGGGGGGACCAGGUGGGGUCUCUCCAUCUCACUGACGACCCCCAGCCUCCCACCCUCCUUCCUCCCCCAGCUUGGGAACGAGCCACACCAUUCAAUCCUGGGGCGGAGGAGCGGAUGGACUGUGGCCCCGACAGCCCCGAGCCGCCACAGCCCCUGCCACCGCUGCCCAACAGCAACUUUAUCCGCACGGCAUCCUCGGGCGCCCGACCGUGGCAGAUGGAGCCACAAGCCCCCAGCGGGCUCAACAACAAUCACGAAGUGGUCAGCAAACCCCUGGCUUGGGGCAGAGGGCUGGAGCAUGGCUUCUCUGAGCUCAGCAUCCCCUGCGCGGCGACGCUGGAGCGGACGGAGCGCGUGGCCAUGCUGCCCGGGCACGGCUCCAGUGCUGUGGAGCAGGAUGACGUGCUGCCCUGUCCAGGCUGCUGCCUGAGUCCCUUCAGCUUCACCUCCGUCUGCCACCGGCCGGCACCCAGCCCGCCCCGCUACCAGAACCUCAACUGCGAGACCAAGAGCCUCCUCUGCCAUGACCGGAGCCCCCACCAGAAAGCCGCGGGGCCAGUGCUGGCGGAGCCCAGCCUGAAGCUGCCAGAGGCACAGUCCUAGUGCCGGGGAGCCCUGGGGGGCCGGGCUGCAUCCAGCCGCCCCCCAGACCCCUCUGCAGCCCCAACACUGGGCAGCCACAGGAGCCCGGCAUGUCCCCACGGUCUGCCUUGGCUUGCUCUGUGUUUGGUGGCCACUGGUGGCCACGGUGCCCCAUGCCAUGGCUGCCAGAGUGCUGCCUAGGCAUUUGGGCACCUGUCCCACCAGAAUCAAUCUUGGGGAUUUGUGGGGACCCCUGGGGAUAGGCUGGGGUCCCUGCUGGGGACUGAAGUGCAAUAACACCCCUGCUCUGAGCUCGCAUCCAGGGCUCAAACCCUGGAUGCAGGAUUUCUCUUCCCCAAGGGCUCACUGCUUUGUGGGCUCUGAGAGGUGUGCAAUGAGCUUGCUCCUCCAGGAGAACCAGGAGCUCCCUUACUAUCCCCCAAGUUGGGGGAUGAGCAGGGCUGGGCUGGGGGUGGAGGGGUCAGUGUGUUUAUGUUUUUGUUGGGGAACCCUGUGGGGCUGGGGGGAUGUCCCCGUGCUCCCCUGAUGCAGGGAGAGGCGUGAAGGGGGUUGGGAGAUAGGCAAUGCCCAGGGUACAGUGCAGGGGGAAGACUGCCAGUGCUUGAGUUGCCUGUGCCCACUCAGCACCGAUAGCUGCGUGCUGAGCUGUCGCAGCACGCCACUUCCCAACACAUGGGUUUGGGAGCGGGAUGCUGGCAGAGGGGCUAGGUGCCAUCCUGGCACUGGGGGAAUGGGCUGGUGAGCAACAUGGCCAUGCUGCCCAGCCCCUGUCAAGGGUGGGAGCCGGCUUUCCUCCCUCCCGCACAAUGCACUGGUGAAUGCAGAACUCUUGUGGGUUUUGUUAUUAAUGGCUAGGAAUAUAUACCCAGCUUAUUUAAAGUGUUCAGUAAAAACAAUGUCCUAG